CCGUGCGCAGGCGCAUUGUUUCACCAUGUGGGCUCGGCGGUCUUCGGGCCCAGCUGAACGGUGACACGUAGCACCCUAGGCUACAAGACCCUGCUGCCAGCUCUGCAGCCUCCACCGUCUUGGUAUUGCCCUCCUCUCUCGGUCUUCCCCGCCAGCGCACUUCGUCAUGGGCAAGAGCCGGACGAAACGCUUCAAGCGCCCUCAGUUCUCCCCUACAGGCGACUGUCAGGCCGAGGCGGCGGCGGCGAACGGGGCUGAGCCCGAGGAGGACGACGGGCCGGCAGCAGAGCUGCUAGAAAAGCUCCAGCACCCGAGCGCUGAGGUCCGCGAGUGCGCCUGCGCCGGGCUGGCCCGGCUGGUGCAGCAGCGGCCGGCGCUCCCCGGCCUGGCUCGACGGGACGCCGUGCGCCGCGUCGGGCCGCUGCUGCUUGACCCCAGCCUGGCGGUGAGGGAGACGGCUGCCGGCGCGCUGAGAAAUCUCAGUGCUUGUGGUGGUUUUGAAGUUUGUGACGACAUGGUGACCAAAGAUAUCAUGACUCCGCUGGUCGCGCUGCUGAAAGAGUGUAGUACUGGACUGGAUUCAAAUGAGAUGUCUCCACAGGAAAAAAAAGAUCAGAACAGAAAUUCUAUCGAAAACAUAGCCAACGAGGCCGUAAACGUGCUGUGGAAUAUAUGUGAAUGCAAUAGUAGAGCAGUGUCUAUAUUCAACAAAGAAGGGUGUUUGGAGAUUGUAUUAAAGUAUCUAAGUAGGUUUUCCACCAAUGUUGACCUGGCUAUUUCAGUAGCAUAUUGUUUGCAGACGGUGACCGAAGAUAAUCCAGAGCUACUAAAGUCUUUCAGUGCCCCAGCUUUGCAUGUUUUGGAAUCAGCAAUGCUUUCUCCGGUCAAUUCCACGGAAUAUAUUCUGUUAAAGACAUUGGUGGCAGGCACCAUUUGGAAUCUAAAGGACAUUAUUCCAUCCAAAAGUCAGGCUGAAAUCAUAAAUGCCAUACUAAAGAUCUUAUCGGAAGUUCUGGAAAUGGAUGCUGGUGAAAUGGUCAUUCAGAUGAAGGAGGCUGAAGCGCACAGGUUAAAAACUGCAGCAGAGACGGAGGAGACGUCACAGAGCACUAACGGGGAUGACCUGAUUGAAGAUGAUGAAAUGGAAGAAAUUCCCCAUAAAAGGAAAGUCCGAAGGAAAACUUUCAUUUCAGAUUUACUUCCACCCACCGACAAGGAGCUGAGAGAGACCAUAGCCCUGCUGACAGCGCAGCAGACGGCUCUGGAAAUUAUUGUCAACAUGUGCUGCAGUGAAGACCCCACUGACGACGAAUGGGAAGAGCUUUCCAGCAGCGACGAAAGCGAUGCGUUCAUGGAGAGCUCCUUCAGCGAGUGCGGGGGGCAGCUGCUGUCUCCCCUCUGCCUCUCCCAUGAGGUGCACACCGCUCUCACCAACCACCUCAUCCCAAAGAAGAUUUUUGACAAAACUGCCUUUCCAAAUAGCACUGCAGUUGACCUGUGUUCUAGGAACCCCACUUGGAAACCUUUGAUUAGAAAGAUGAGCACCAUCCAGUGCAGAGCCCUCGUGUGUCUCCAGAGCCUGGUGUCCCUCCUGGAUGUGGAGCAUCUGGGAGGACCUGCAGCCCUUCAGACACUUGCCCAGCACUUGUCACAACUGCUUUUUUCUCAACCAGAUUUUGCUAAGCAUGUUGACUUCUUAGAAGCCAUAAGUAGUGCCUUGAGGGCCCUUUUGCAAACAAUGGCCUCCCAGAACAUUCCUCAGUGCAUGACUCCUGACCAGCUGAUGAUGCUCUGCACCGCGGGCAUCCAGAGCAGCAAUGUAGGGGUUCGAGUAAACAUGGUCAGUAUUUUGGGAAUCACCGGCAGCGUCCUCGCCAAAGAAGAUGGCACACUGGACACUCUGAAGACCAUCGGGUGCUUUCUGCUGGAGGUUGCCACCAAGGAUCCCUCCCUCGUCGUAGCAGGAGAGGCUUUGGAUGCCCUCUUCGAUGUCUUUGCAGAUGGUAAAGAAGCUGAAAGGGCCUCUGUUCAAAUUAGAUUGUUAGCUGCUCUGAAAGACUUCCAGCCGGUCUUCAAGAUGAAGAUACGGAAAGAAGGGAGAGCUAAAUACAGUCCAGAUCAGCUCUGUGUUCUUGACAACGUGAAGAUGAAUUUGAGAAGAUUUGUUGCUUAUCAAGAAACUGUUGAGAAAAGACUGACUACUUGAACCACUGAAAGAGACCAGUCCUCAACCCAGAGUGUUCAGGGAUGAAUAAUUCUAGUGGGUUUCCUUUCAGUGUGUGCAUUUCUGAAAGUCACUUUUUUUUUUUUGGUCUCUUCCUUUUUUUAGGGCCUCACCUGGGGCAUGUGG